AUGGAAGUGCUUGAGAGCAGCCCUGAAGAGAAGGACUUGUGGGAAAUCGAUUCUGUCCCCGCUCCUCUCUCUGCACACGGUGUGUGGGGAUUUCCCCUCCUGUGCCCAGCCCUGAGGCGGGAUGCUCGCUUUAUAAACCCCACAGGAGCCUCGGGGCGCCGAUGUGCGGCAGUGUCGGUGCGGGGCCGGCGGGAGGAGCCCGUGCUCGUUCCCGGACAUCCGGCGGGGAUGGCGGUGCGCUGGCCGCGCGUCCUGCUCCUCGGGGACUCCAUCACUCAGUACUCCUUCCAGGAAAAUGGCUGGGGAGCAUUCCUUGCUGAGAGACUGGUCAGAAAAUGUGAUGUUGUGAACCGCGGGUUCUCGGGGUACAACACCAGAUGGGCCAAGCUGAUCCUUCCAAGACUGAUCAGCAAUAGUGCUGAUGCCAAGAGUACUGUUGCAGUUACAAUUUUCUUUGGAGCCAAUGACAGUGCUUUGAAAGAUCUGAAUCCUAAGCAACAUGUUCCUUUGGAGGAAUACGCUGCAAACUUAAAGAGCAUGAUACAGUACCUGAAGACAGUAGACAUUCCUGAAGACAGGAUUAUUUUGAUAACACCCCCGCCUCUUCAGGAAUCAGCUUGGGAAAAGGAGUGUCUUGCCAAAGGUGAGAAAUUAAAUCGCCGCAAUGCCACCACUGGGGAAUACGCCAAGGCCUGCGUUCAGGUUGCUGGAGACUGUGGAACGGAUAUACUCGACCUCUGGACUCUGAUGCAAAAAAAUGAGGACUUCUCUUCCUAUUUGUCUGAUGGGCUCCAUUUAUCACCAAAAGGCAACAGCUUUGUAGCAGCACAACUUUGGUCACGCCUGGAAAAAAAACUGUCCUCUCUUCCUUUACUGCUCCCUUACUGGCGUGAGGUGGAUCACACGAACCCCGAGGCCAGCCUUCUGUGAGAGCCCCUGUGGGGAGGAACCCUGUGGGGAAGCAGCCAUGCCAGACUGUUUACGAACAGCCGGUGUUCAGCAGCACCCGGCGAACACAGUGAAUUUGGGGGAAAGGGGUAGUGGGGAGUCCCUGCUGAUGCUCUCCUGUGUCUUCUUCCCUGUCUGCGGGAGAAUAAAGAUGAGACCACUCGGUGUAUGUCGUGGGGUGGUUUGUCUG